AUGAUUAUCAUGGAAGUGGACAAGAUCAGGUUGUUUUUGAUACACCAAAUUAUUGAUAAUAAAGACAAGCAAUGUAAAGAAACUGCUCAGCUGUUUUUGGACUAUAUAAAUAUAAGACCAUUCUCACGCAAGAUCUGGAGGUCUAUACCGGUCAAUAUUGCUCUGCCGUUAGAGAUUCUGAACAUCUGCUAUUCGGCCAUCAUAGUUAUAAUUAAUUUCACACAUCUGUAUGGUUAA